UCCAAUCCCGAAACCCCCAUCCGGUCAACCAAUGCUUAUUUGUUUGUUUCAGAAUAGGAAACCCCCAAGUAACAGGUGUCGUCCAUGUAUAAAAGCGAAACCGCCUCUACUUCCUUUAUCGUCUCCGGCUCCUUUGUCCACGAGCACAUGAUUCGCGUUACCGUAUCAAUCAUCAAACCGCCCCCUCUAUAUAUUUCGAUCCCUUCCUCCGUCUCCUGUUGUUCUCCUCUUUUGGUUGUGGGAGUUCUUUGCCGUCGGUCAGAACCCUCUGAACCCUUGGAGAUGGGUGAUCGGUGGGGAUCGCGUGGGGCCGACUCGCGUUACCGAGAUGGAGAAGCUCGCGGGCGCAACUCCAGGAAGCCGCCUCACCCCCCUGGACCUGGUCGUAUUUUAGUUCCUUCAUGGGUGAAGAAAUUCUAUAAUGAUGUAUGCCGAAUAAAAUUGAAGACUCUGUGUGAAAACCAGAGAUAUACGGGCAUGUACAAGAAUGUUCUUGAGUGGGAUGAUUCGGCAGCACUAGAGGCUUUUCAAAAUGCCAAGGCCAGGUUCUUUGCGCAGUACCAUGAUCUCCCUUGCGACAUCCCUUUGCCUGAUCCAGAUAUGUACAUCGUCCAGGUUGACCAUGAUUCUCCGAUUGAUCCAGAACUAGUUGCAGAUUUGGAGAAACAGCCAUCGGUGCCAACAGAUGUGCACGGUGUGGCAGGUAGUGGCCUCAACUCGGCUCCUGGUUUAAGUGAAUAUUGGGAUAUGUGCCGUGUACAAGAUAUUCAGCCCACCGGAUGGGAUGAUGAAGUGGAACCUGAACCUAGAAAUCAGGAUAGAAAAGAUGGAGUUAGCAACACAUGGAAUUACAGUGGUGGGCAUUGGGAUGAAGCAGCUGCUCAGAAUGAUCCAUGGAGUAAUGGAGACAAUAAUUGUGUGGAUAAUGGUAGGAAUAUUUCAUAUGGAACCUGGGAGAACAGAAAUUCUAAGUGGGUUGAAAGAAACAGAAGGAAACGAGAUUCAGGAGGUCACCAGGGACUGACAUUUACAAGACCAAGCUAUCAAACAGGUUCUUAUCAAGCAAAAGAUAGUUCGAGAAACUGUAGACGAAGAAAUCAGACAAAUUAUCACUAUGAGAAAGGAGUUUAUGCUGGACAGUUUUUGACUUCAUAAAAUUUUUGUUUCAUUUCAA